CGGACGACGUCAUCACCAAGGAGAACGCGAAGGGGAUCGGAAUCUUAACGAUGCGCGGUGAGCUCGCCUGAAACCAUGGAAGCCCAUCGAGAUCGACUUCGAAGCCUUCAUCGACGAGUCCAGCCGCUUCUGAACGGCUCACCAUAGAGGCCUGGUUCCAUCCGGCACGAGCAGCUCCGCCAUCGCUGCCUUCUCGAGGCCAGAGGAGGGACGUCUUUCUGUAUCUGAAAAAGAAGAAAUAUAAAAUUUAACUUCUAAAUUCUGUUGGGCUUGUUUAUAACCGGCCAUAGGUCCAAUAACAAUGACUUGAAACCUCUGUAAAACCCCAAGCAAAGCUCAAGCCUCAAAGUCUGAAACGCAGCUACUCCUAAAACCCUAAUGGCCUUGUUCUCGUCGAUGCUUCGCAGGCCAUCCUACUCCUUAUUCUCCUUCGCGCUCCGCACCGUUGGUUCUACAACAACCUUUCACAGCCGAUUCUCCACGGUCCCCGAGUUCGGCAGUGAGAUCACCCGAGAAUGCUCUGUUCCAUUUCGGCAUUUCUCCGCCGCUACCGCCACCGCCACGAAACCGGCCGCCGACGAAAGGGUGGUCGGAGCUCUCGAGUCUGAGAUCAAGGUCGCCGAAGAGGACAUACAAAAUUAUCAGGUGGGUGAGGUUGCAGAUGGGUUUCCUUUUGAAAUAGUAGACAAUGCUGGAGAGCAGACCAUAAUGCUCAGAAGAGAAUUCGAUGGAGAAAUCAUCAAAGUGGCGGUCGAUAUUCCUAAUGUUUCUUCCACCGAGGACAAUGAUGAUGAGGAGGAGAAGGAGAAGGAGGAGGAGAAUGAAGACACUGGGAUUCCAAUGGUUGUGAGUAUUUCGAAAGGAAAUGGGCAGGAGCUGGAGUUUGGGCUCACUGCCUUUUCUGAUGAGAUUUGCGUCGAUAGCUUGUCGAUGAGGCAGCCAGAGGAUUCUGAAGGAUCGAAACGGAUUGCAUAUGAAGGGCCUAAUUUUAGUGAUUUGGAUGAGAGCUUCCAGAAGGCCUUGCAGAAAUAUCUGGAGGUUCGAGGGAUCAAGUCGAGCACAACUAAGUUCUUGCAGGAAUAUAUGAGGAACAAAGACUUCAGAGAGUACUUGAUGUGGUUGAAGAACCUAAAAGGUUUUAUUGAGCAGUGAUUGUUGCUUUCACGUGUUGGAUAGAGGGUAGUAGGAUUGCAAAUCAGUUCAGAAGGAUGAACAAGAUAGGAAUAGUAGAUUGCAAUCAAUGAACCAGUGUCGAGACAGUUUUGAUCAUGUGAGUCCCUUGUACGCUUUAAAAAACAGGGGACAUAUUGAUAACUUGGAAAUGGUUUCUAUUAAUGGAUGGUGUUUCCCCCCUUUUAAGACUCAAAUAAUAAUUAGUUUUCCCUGAUAAGUUUGAUUCGAAAGUUUCCCGGCGUCAUCGGGAGGAGCAACUACCGAUCAAUUUUUAGGUAUGGUGAAUUCUUGGGCAGUUGCCUGCUAGAAUUCAAUUGAGUUAUGUUGUAUAUGUUGGCCAUAGAAAGAUAUAUGAAAGAAUGGGCCGCAUCUCAUGCAAUCAAUGCUCGGCUAAUUUUAUCCUUC